AGGACUUGAGGAACGCCAUUUGCUUUUCCUGCUUCUCCACAUGCAGCACGUAGAGCUCGUCUUCCCUCCGAUAAAAAUCCGCCUACUGCCGCUUAUCUUUAAUGGAAUCAAGCUGAUCACAACUGAUUACCACGAUACUGUCGGCGUUUAUACUGGGAACUUCAAAGCUCAGAUCUCACCUUUCCAGUCACGUGUAAAAUGCACGUUUCCGUUUUGCUUUAAAGGAAAUAUAUAUUUUUUUAAUUUAAUCAAUAGUCACAUCCUGGGAAAGUUGAGUACUGUAUAAGUUUAGCAUUGUAUCUUUAUUGACUAAUUUUUGCACCAAUUAGUGUUCUUGCUAAUACAAAAUGAAAUCAUUGAGCAAUAUUAACAAUACUGAAAAAAAAUUCCCAACUACUUUGUGUUAGUACUCCUAAUUUGAAUACAUCUGCAUGAGAAUUACUCGUCUGUCUUCUGGUCCACAUGCAAAGCAUCCUGGGAGAAGGGACCACACUGUAAACAAAGGGGUUUAAAAUCCAGCUCAAUACACAUUCCACCAUUACAGCAGAGUGGACAAUACUGAAUUUAUUCAUUUACCAUUACAACAGCAGCAAGCAUGGUGCUAGAGAACUCUGAGCACGGCUCUGUCUUUGAGGCUAAAGUUUCUGAAGAUAAUGUGGAGACCCCAUACGGCAUAGUGCACUGCACUAUGCAAGGUAUUGCUAAGGGCAACCGACCUGUCAUCCUGACUUACCAUGACAUCGGACUAAACCAUAAGACCUGCUUCAGCAAUCUGUUCACCCAUGAGGACAUGCAGGAAAUCACACAAUAUUUCUCUGUGUGCCACAUCAAUGCACCUGGACAACAGCAAGAUGCUAGCACUAUCCCCACAGGAUCCACCUACCCUUCUAUGGACCAGCUCUCUGAGACCAUCCCUGUUGUGCUCCAACAUUAUAAUAUUAAGAGCAUUAUUGGAAUGGCGGUUGGAGCUGGAGCCUACAUCCUUGCACAGUUUGCUCUGAACCACCCUGAACUGGUUGAGGGUCUUGUUCUGAUUAACAUUGAUGCUCAGGCAGAGGACUGGAUGGACUGGGCAGCACAUAAGAUCUCUGGCUGGACACAUAAUGUUCCUAAUAUGAUCAUCUCCCACCUGUUCGGAAAUGAGGAAAUUCACAACAACCAUGACCUGAUUGCAACCUUUCGCCAUCACAUCCUGAACAACAUUAACCAGAGAAACUUGGAGCUGUUUGUCAAGUCCUAUAACAGUCGAAGGAAUCUGGAUGUCGAGAGACCUCCUCCAGGUGGAAAUCUCAAUGUGAGGACCCUGAAGUGCCCAACUCUUCUGGUUGUAGGAGAUAGCUCUCCCGCUGUUGAUGCUGUGGUUGACUUCAAUUCAAGAAUGAAUCCAACAAAAACCACCCUACUUAAGAUGGCUGACUGUGGAGGCCUUCCUCAGGUUGAUCAGCCCGCCAAGCUGGCAGAGGCCUUUAAGUACUUCAUUCAGGGACUGGGAUAUAUGCCUGCAGUCAGCAUGACCCGCCUGUCACGCUUCCGCACUGUCUCUGGCAGCAGCAUCUCCUCUCUGGAGGCGGUUCAGAGUCAGAGUUCCACUGGAGAGGAGCAGCAUGGACACUCUCACACAGGAAUCUCCAAGGACAAUGACUCUGACAGUAACACAGAGCUGAGCCUAUUGGGAACAACACAACCCAGCCAGGUGUCUUGCUGAAGGCGCCACAGUUUUUACAUACAUCCUUUAUGGAGAAGCAGACGCUAUUAACUGCUUCAUUUGAUUCUUCAGUCUCACUUUCACUCUGUUUCAUAUUAACUCAAGCUUUAAAUUAUGUGAUGAUUACUGUGUUGUAAGAAGAGACUGUGCAUUGUUCAAGCAGUUUAGAUUAUUUUGCAAAAUGUUUAUAGAUUCUAACUAUUUUAAAUGGAUCAAUGUGGGGGUUUUUUGUUAGCCAUGUAUUAUAAUUUUAUGAAGGCUAAAGCAGGAGAACCAAUCCUUUUACAAUUUGAAAGAACAAACCUAAUGGACUGUUUUAGAAAUGCAGUUCUAUUUAUAAACAAAUAGUCAACACUGGCAGUUAGAGAAUUAGCACAUGGAGGUUACAUAAAGCCUAAUUACAUAAAGCCUGUAUUUCAAAUAAAAACUUUUCAAUGUUGUAUAAAUAUCUUUCUCCCAAACAUUUUAAAG